UAAUUUCGUUACGUUAGAAUUAUGGGAAAAGUAUUUAUUUAGAAAACGGAAUUGCAAAAAUAUUAUUCUAUUUCUAAGCAGAAGAGAUUUCUUAUCAGUCUACUUUCAAUUCAAGCAAUAUCAACGAGAAACGAGGAAAUUGAAUCAAGUUUACCCCUUGCUAGGUGUUCAAUGCACUAAAGGGAAAUCCAGUGAGACUUACUUGCAAAAAAAACCCAUGAAUAGCUAAUAUAGCUAAUCUCGAAAGGUAUAUAAUCCCAUUCGUGAGAAUAUCACUACCGUAGUAUUCAGAAGAACUUCUAAUCAGGAUGGUUAACUUGGAGCAAUCGAUCGGUAGAAUUUUCUUGGUUGCAUCACUUUUGAUGCCUCAAGUUUUUGGAUUGGCAAUCGAAAGAUAUGAUUUCACUGAACAAUCCACAAAGUUCGCUAUAGAUUUUUACCGGAAUGUUUUCAAUACAAACGAGAAUGCAAUUCUGUCACCGCUUUCCAUCCAAUCAACGCUAUCCCUGCUGUAUCACGUGGCAAACGAGAAAACCGCUACGGAAAUGCAACGAAUCCUGGGACUGCCCGCUAAUCCGGAGCAGCUACGUUUGAACCUCCAAAAUCUGCUCAAUCGCACCAACAGCGACGACCUUCGAAUGGCGUCCAAGAUCUACCACAGCCAACUCUCGUUGCAUCCCGAUUUCCUCCCAGUGCUGCAAAAAUCGCUCGGUGUCGACGUAGAACCUGCGAAUUUCACCCACAAACAGGAAGUAGCCGAUUCCGUGAAUCAGUGGGCCGCACGUUCUACUAAAGGAUUGAUCAACGAGAUCAUCAGUCCCAUCGACAUAAGAGACAGUGAGCACGUCAUACUGUUGAACGCCAUCGUGCUGGAUGCCAAGUGGAAAGAGCCUUUCUGGCCAUUUACCAUUGAAAAAGUCUUCCAUUUCACGAAUGGUGACCACAUCGUUGGUAUGAUGUUCAUGGAUGGAUAUUUUUCGUACGGUGAGUUCGAUGGGUUGAAGGCGCUGGAGUUGCCGUACGAAGACCAUACCGACUUGUCCAUGGUACUGAUUUUGCCAACAACGGGAUCAUUGGAGGAUUUGGUGAAAAGAUUUAACAUGGAACUGUACACAAAAAUGGACAGCGUAAUGGAUGUUGAGAAGGGGGAAAUUGAAAUUCCAAAAUUCAAGACCAGUUCCAAAAUUAAAGCAAAAGAUGUUUUGCAAUCGAUGGGGCUUGAAUCGGCCUUCGAGGAAGGUGCCUUCGGAGUGUUUGCAGAACACCCUGCCCAACUAACAGAGUUACGACAAAAUGCAGUUAUUGAAGUUUCGGAAAGUGGCACCAAGGCGGCUGCGAUUACUGUUGGUGGAAUCGACCUGAGGAGUGGCCCUUUGUACGAUUUCAUAGCUGAUCGACCAUUCAUGUAUCUGAUCCGAAGGAUGUCUACCAAAGAAAUCAUCUUCAUUGGACACUUUUCUCACUUCAAAUGAGCUUAAAAACUAAAUAAAAAAAAUAUUAAAAAAACUUUUCACUAGAAAAAUCCUUUAUUCGAAAACUAAUUUUUAUUCUGUUGAAAGGAACUUCUGUUUUU